UUCGGAGUGUUUGGAAGACCGAGUCAGUGAAUGGAAAUUAGCAGAAGAGAUAGAUAAGUGAAGAGAGAUUCCGAGAUCCAGUCUAACAGCAUGCGCAACAACCUCGCACACCAGAACUUCUUUCAUUAUAAAAAUCCCAACCAACAACAAUAAACAAAUCCACUGCCGAACUACAUGGGUGGCAAUGGGAAGCACAGAUGGAAAAUCUCCUUCCACCGCUCCUCUUCCCAAUCCUCCAAGCUCGACCCCAAGCUCCCUCCCAAGGAAUUUACGUGCCCCAUUUCCGGUUCCUUAAUGUUCGACCCGGUUGUCGUCGCUUCGGGUCAAACCUUUGAACGUCUCGCCGUUCAAGUCUGUAAGGACCUCAACUUCUCCCCCAAACAAGAAGACGGCACCCGGCCCGAUUUCUCAACGGUAAUCCCUAACUUAGCCCUCAAAACCACAAUCCUCAAUUGGUGCGAUAAAUCACGCAGCCAACACCCGCGCGCACCCGAUUACGCCUCCCUCGGGGGCCGCGUCAGGCAGGCAAUGCUUCUUUCGGUGGGACAAAAUCAACAGGAAGAACGACAAGAACGAAUUAGGGUUUCCGAAACGGAGCUUCUCAACGCGGUCCCGGAUAACCCUCCCGUCAUUUUCUCCCACGCCGCCACUGAGUUAAGCCCCCGAGUCAACCACUUCAACUCGGGAUCCUCCUCCGAGGAGUCGGUCAUCAUUCUGCCCAGUCCGGGAACGCCGUUACCGUUUACUGUUCGUCCAACCUGCUUCUCCUCCUCCUCCUCCUGCGAGAUUGAAAUUGAAAACCCUAGCGCGCCGGUUUCGGAGGAAGAGGAAAGAAUAUUGAAGAAAUUGAAGAGCAGCGAGGUGUUUGAGAAAGAGGAAGGCGUAAUCGCGCUGAGGAAGAUCACGAGGAGCAAAGUGGAGGCUAGGCUCUUGCUCUGCACGCCGCGGGUGCUGCUGGCGCUGCGCGGUUUGAUCGCUUCGCGAUACGGCGUUGUUCAGGUCAACGCAGUGGCGUCUCUGGUCAACCUCUCGCUGGAGAAGCAGAACAAGGUGAAGAUAGUGAGGUCGGGGUUUGUACCGUUUUUAAUCGAUGUUUUGAAGGGGGGAUUGGAUGAGUCGCAGGAGCACGCUGCGGGCGCGCUUUUCAGUUUAGCCUUGGAUGAUGAUAAUAAAAUGGCCAUUGGCGUUCUCGGCGCGUUGCAGCCGCUGAUACACUCGCUGCGUGCCGAGUCCGAUAGGACUCGGCAUGACUCGGCGCUCGCGUUGUAUCAUCUGAGCCUGGUUCAGAGUAACCGAGUGAAGCUGGUGAAACUCGGGGUGGUACCGACGCUUUUGUCCAUGGUGGUGGCGGGGAAUUUGGCGAGCCAAGUGCUGCUGAUUCUUUGCAACCUGGCGAUGUGCACGGAGGGGCGCACGGCUAUGCUGGACGCGAACGCGGUGGAGUGUCUGGUGGGGCUGUUGAGGACGAACGAGUUGGACUCAGAGGCGAUUCGGGAGAAUUGCGUGGCAGCGCUGUUUGCGCUGAGUCAUAGGAGCUUGAGGUUCAAAGGGUUGGCGAAGGACGCGAGGGUUGUGGAGGUUUUGAAGGAGGUUGAAAAAACGGGAACAGAGAGGGCCAGGGAGAAGGCCAGGAAGGUGUUGCACAUGUUGAGAACUGUGGGCGAUGGAGGUGAUGAUGAAGGUGACGAAUUUUACGACACGGUCGGGUUGACGCGGAAUCGUUACCGACUUGGUGCUGGCAGGAACCACAACAUCCUCAACACGACCACGUUUUAGAACCUAAACUCCUACAGUGAAAGAUUGGAGCCAUGGAGAGGCCAGACUCUGUAGGCCUAGCUGCUCCUCCUCAACCCAAUACCUAGGCUCGGGCUGUUUUGUCCAACUGUACUGCACAUUUGGCAAGUUUCUUCGGUUUCCUUCUAGCCA